CAAUCUUAGAUCCCAACUCCUUAGUCAAAAUGGUAUUCCAGUAUAAGCGCGUUCUCCUCGUAGGUGCAACUGCUGGCAUUGGCGCAGCCAUGGCAGACAAGCUCAUUGAGGAAGGCGCCAAAGUCAUCGCCGUUGGUCGCCGCCAAGAACGUCUCGACGCUUUCGUUGCCAAGCACGGCCCGGAGCGUGCCAGCGGCAUCAGAUAUGAUGUUACUGACCGGACUGGCCUUGAUGCUUUCGUGAGCAAGGUUGUCGAAACAUAUCCCGACUUGGACUGCGUCUUCCUCAACUCGGGAACCCAGACCGCAGUCAGGCUUACUCGACCUACUGAAAUCGACAUUGAUGCUUUCCACCGCGAAUUUGAAGUCAACUAUACUUCCAUUGUCAACCUCACUCUCAAGUUUCUGCCGUACCUUGAGAAGAAAGACUCUCCCACCAGCUUAAUUGUUACGGGAACAUUUUUGUCUCUCGUCCCCGCAUUUGUGCUGCCAGCGUACAGCGCAUCCAAGGCCGCCCUUCGAUCCUUUUUUGAAUGUCUUAGGAGACAACAUCAAGAUUUCUCAAAGAUCAAAUUUAUCGAAAUUUUGCCUCCUGUAGUGCAAACUGAACUCCACGAUUACAUGGGCAUUGAGCGCGGCCGUGCUCUGGGCAUGCCGCUUGCAGACUUCACCGAGCGAGCAUACGCUGCGCUUGCCUCGGGUAAGGAGGAAAUCAUCAUCGGCAAUCUUCAGGGCGCUACCCCGGAAGAUAUCGAGUUGUUCUUGGAAAAGAGGAAAUUGCUGUUUGAUAGCUUGUCGAAUUCAUUGGCCCUCCACUUUCAACCAUGAGUACAAUCGACAUUGAGACUGAAUCCAUAGACAUAAAACGGAAGAGUGCUAUUUAGAUGACCCUCUUUACCUACGUAGCAUGUACGCUCAAUACGG